ACACCAGGACCCUCUGAAGUCUCUCAAGGCAAAUUAGGCUGCAGUCGGGCUGGACUGCAAGGCAGGUGGCUGUGUCUUCUCUGCAUGCUUUUCUACAUUUAGAAAAAUAUGAAAAGAAGAAAGUCUUAUCCAAUCUAGAGGAAAUUAAUUUAUAGUUGUGCCAUUUUGUUCCACCAAGUAUUGGAUUGAAACAAGCUGAUUGUGGUGAACCUGGAAACCCCACAAAAAAUCCAGUCUCAGACUCAAGAAUUUACACAGCUGUCCUAAGGAGUGUUUUGCUAAAUGACAUCCAAGGAAAUGAAGAACAGGGGUGUAAAAUCCCUGAAGAAGGUGCAGACAGUGACUGAGGGGUUAAAACUGCUCUACAGACAGAAGCUUCUUCCUCUGGAGAAAUAUUACAGCUUCUCUGACUUUCACUCCCCAAGCCUGGAGGAUGCAGACUUUGACAACAAACCCAUGAUCCUGGUGGUGGGUCAGUACUCAACAGGAAAGACAACCUUCAUUAGGUAUCUCCUUGAGCAAGAAUACCCAAGCGGCAGAAUUGGCCCAGAACCCACAACUGACUCUUUCACUGCUAUUAUGCAUGGAGAUGUUCCAGGGAUAAUUCCAGGCAAUGCACUUGUUGUAGACCCCAACAAACCCUUCCGCAAACUCAACCCUUUUGGAAACGCUUUCCUCAACCGGUUCCAGUGUGUGCACUUUUCAAACCAGGUCCUGGAGAGCAUCAGCAUCAUUGACACACCUGGAAUUUUAUCCAGCUCUGAGAAAAGGAUGAGCAGAGGAUAUGACUUCCCUGCGGUCCUCCGCUGGUUUGCAGAACAUGUGGACCGCAUCAUCCUCCUGUGUGACGCCCAUAAACUGGAGCUGUCUGAUGAAUUCUCACGCACCAUCACAGCCUUGAGAGGCAAUGAGGACAAGCUGAGGGUGGUGCUCAACAAAGCAGACAUGGUGGACUCCCAGCAGCUGAUGCGAGUGUAUGGAGCCCUCAUGUGGUCGCUGGGCAAAGUGUUCUGUACCCCAGAAGUCCUGAGGGUCUAUAUCGGGUCUUUUUGGUCUGCUCCACUGAGGAAGACAGAUAACCGCAGGCUGUUUGAACAGGAGGAAGAUGAUCUUUUUGCUGAUAUUCAAAACCUGCCUCGCAACUCCGCCCUCAGAAAGCUCAGUGACCUGGUAAAGAGGGCACGGCUAGUGAGGGCCCAUGCCUAUAUUGUCAGCUGUCUGAAGGAGGAGAUGCCUCUCGUCUUUCGCCGACACAACAAAAAGAGGGAUCUAAUAUACGACCUCCCAGUCAUAUUCUCCAGGAUCGAGCAGCGGCAUCAGAUCUCACCUGGAGAUUUUCCUGACUGUGCAAAAAUGCAGGAGCAACUCAUGAAUCAUGACUUCACCAAGUUUAAAGCCAUUAAACCCAAACUCAUGGCUAGUCUGGAUGAGCUCUUGACCAAUGACAUCGCCAAGCUGAUGCCUCUUCUUCGGCAGGAAGAAUUGGAAGCUGCUGACCAACCUGGAGUGCAAGGUGGGGCCUUUCUGGGUAUGGACAGAGGUCCAUUUUUUGAAGGAAACCCCUUCCAGUACUCAGGGCCUAGUGGAGAAUGUGAGAUGAUCUCUGGUGAAGGAUGGGUGGUCUCUAAAGAUAAGCCCAAGUAUGAUGAGAUCUUCUACAACCUCUCCCCUCAUGAGGGAAAGCUCAGUGGAACCAAAGUGAAGGAUUGGAUGGACAGAACCCAACUGCCCAGAUCAGUCCUGGGCAGAAUUUGGAAACUGUCGGACGUGGACUGUGACGGCAUGCUGGACGAGGAGGAGUUUGCUUUGGCCAGCCAUCUGAUCGAAGUUAAGCUGGAGGGCUUUGGGCUUCCCCCAAAGCUUCCUGCACAUCUGGUGCCUCCAUCUAAAAGAAGGCGCAAAGCCUCAAACUCAGAGAACAGGGAGGACUGUGGGGACAUAUAG